AAUGAUCGCAGCACGCCGGAAGUUUACCCGUUUCCAAGGCAGCGGCUCCAGCACACCUCCAACAGGUUGGCUGGAGUCGGGAGGCUGGAAAGCAACUUGGAGGAGAGGGUACUAGCCCACGGCGGCCGCCGCCGGAGCGACUCGCGGGGAGUAGCGGCCGAAGACGGCGGCCGCCUCAGUAGCCACCGCGUGUGGAGGAUAAACGGCCGACACGGCCAACGCCGGGGCCAAUUAAGGCAGAGAGUUAGCGAAGACCAGGACUGUAGUCCCAGCGAAGACAGGGAAAGAAUCCGUGAAGAUGGCAGCCACCUCUGUAGGGACUCUAGCAGAAGACUAAGUGAAGACAUCGGUUUCUCCGGCAGUGACUCUAGAAGAGUUAGUGAAGACCUGGGCAGUGUCUCUCUGGAGAGAGUUACGGGAGACGGUGGGCGCCGUCACAGUAGCUCCUGGGAGAGAGUAAGGGGAGACCAAAGCUUCAGCAGCAGUGACGUGAAUUUAAGUGAAGUCGGGAGCCACCAAACUAGUGACUGCGAGGGACUGGUCAGAGAAGACCGCGGCCUGUGCUUCAGUGAUUCUUGGGAGGGUGUCAAAGUAGUCCCGGACCCCCAACUCAGCCACUCCGGGGAGAGAGGCAGUGAGUACUGCAGACGCCGCCUCAGUGGCUCUUGGGAGGAAGGGAGUGUCGAUGGCGGCCACAGCCUCAGUAAUUCCUGGGAGGGAAUAAGUGAAGACCGCGGUUACGCGGCCAGCGACUCCUCCGGGGUGAGCGUCAGCGUAGACGCCAGCCGCUGCCUCCGUGGCUUCUGGGAGAGAGAACGUAUAGACGAGGGCUUCCGCAGCGGAAACUCUUGGGAGAAAACCCGGGAGGAUCAGGUACCCAGUCUUAGCGACGACGAAGGCAGCCACUGCAGUGGCUCGUGGGUGACAGCAAGUGAAGACCGCCGCAGCAGCGGGGGCCUGGACUCGGGUCCUCCCCGGAGUCCAAGGGAUCGCACCAUGCCAGGGGCUUCCGAUUCAGGCCCUUCCACCUCCUCUAGGGAGAGUGCAACCCCGUGUGCCCGGAAGAAAGUGCAUUUUGGUAACAUACAUGAUGCUGUACGGGCUGGAGACGUAAAGCAGCUUUCAGAUAUAAUAGAACGAGGAGCCAGCAUAAAUGAAGCAGACAUUCUCCAUAAGUUUACCCCUUUACAUUGGGCAGCACAUUCUGGAAGUUUGGAGUGUCUUCAUUGGCUCCUCUGGCAUGGAGCUGAUAUCACACAAGUAACCAUGAGAGGUUGGACAGCAGCUCACAUAGCUGCAAUCAGAGGUCAGGAUGCUUGUAUGCAGGCUCUCAUAAUCAACGGAGCAAAUCUGGCAUCUCAAGAUGAUCGUGGAUGCACUCCUUUACACCUUGCUGCAACACAUGGACAUUCUUUCACUUUACAAAUAAUGCUUCGAAGUGGAGUGGAUCCCAGUGUGACUGAUAAGAGAGAAUGGAAGCCUGUGCACUAUGCAGCUUUUCAUGGGCGACUUGGCUGUUUGCAGCUUCUAGUUAAAUGGGGAUGUGGAAUAGAAGAUGUGGACUAUAACGGAAACCUUCCAGUUCACUUAGCAGCCAUGGAAGGUCACCUUCACUGCUUUAAAUUCCUACUCAGCAAAAUGAACAGUAAAACCCAAGCUUUAAAAGCCUUCAAUGAUAAUGGAGAAAAUGUAUUGGAUCUGGCCCAGAGGUUCUUUAAGCAGAACAUUUUGCAGUUUAUCCAAGGAGCUGAGUAUGAAGGAAGUGAUCCAAAAGAUCAGGAAACUUUAGCAUUUCCAGGUCAUGUGGCUGCCUUUAAAGGUGAUUUGGAAAUGCUUAAGAAAUUAAUUGAAGAUGGAGUAAUUAAUAUUAAUGAACGUGAUAAUAAUGGAUCAACUCCUAUGCAUAAAGCUGCUGGGCAAGGCCACAUAGAGUGUUUGCAGUGGAUAAUUAAAAUGGGAGCAGACAGUAAUAUUACCAACAAAGCAGGGGAGAAACCCAGUGAUGUGGCUAAAAGGUUUGCCCAUUUAGCAGCUGUAAAGCUGCUAGAGGGACUACAGAAAUAUGACAUAGAUGAUGAGAAUGAAAUUGAUGAACAUGAUAUAAAGUUUUUUUUAAGACAUGGUGUUGAGGGAAGCACUGAUGCCAAGGAUGAUUUAUGUCUCAGUGAGUCGGAUAAGACAGAUGCCAGAAUGAGAGCUUAUAAGAAAAUUGUUGAAUUGAGACACAUGCUGGAAAUUGCUGAGAGCAACUUUAAACACCUGGGAGGGAUAACAGAAGAAGAUCUAAAGCAGAAGAAAAACCAGCUUGAGUCUGAAAAGACUAUCAAGGAGCUGCAGGACCAGCUGGAGUACGAACGGCUUCGUAGAGAAAAAUUAGAAGGUCAGCUGGAUGAGUGUCGUGCAGAGGUGGAUCAGCUCAGGGAGACACUGGAAAGGAUUCAGGUCCCCAGCUUUGCUGUGGAAGAUGACUCUUCUUGUGAGUCAAGCAAAGAGAAGAAGCGAAUUAAGAAAAAGGUGUCUUCUGGGGGAGUUUUUGUGAGAAGAUACUAAUCAGUGGAAUAACUUUAAAUAAACUUGCUUUAUUUUUCUUGUAAAUUGAUACAAAUGUAAAUCUAUACAAAUUCUCCUCAGAGUUCGUCUUAUGUAUGAUUCCAAUUCUGAAGGCAGAGAUAUGUUAUAGUAUCAAAGGGAUUGCUAAAAUUCUAUGCACUCAGCUGGGCUCCCCCUCCCAGAAUAUUUUUUAAUAUAUUUAUGUAGACAAGGCUCUACAUUUAUGAGGAAUUAAUUUUACAAGUAUUAACAAAAACUUUAUAAGUCUAGUAAUCGAAAGAAAUAUAGACAUUAAAAAUUAUUUUUUAUUUUCUAGAGAGUAUUAUUUUUUAAACUUUUCAAAUGACUUAAACAUCUGGAAUUGGGAGAAAAUGCAAAAUAAGAUGAGUAAAAGGGUAUCUUUACACUAACAACCAAAUGCCUCUGGAAAGUUUUAUAUAAAAUAUAACUAUGCUCUUGUAAAAGAAAAAAAAAAACCCGUAUGUUUGCUAAAAAUACUGAUUUAAAUAAUCUGUUUUAGGAUUCAAUCCAUUUUUCUGUCUUGCAAGCUUUGUAAGAAAGCAUUAUAAAUAUGAGGCCGACUGGACAGGAUAAUAGACACAUGGCUUAUUAUUCUCUCUUCCCUCCCCCUGCUGUUGCAGACUAAAAAACAACAGGAUUUUCAGUUCUGACUUCAUGCCUUCCUUUCUAACUCUACCCACUUCCUCCUCAAUGUAGCCAAUUUGUGACUUGGGCGGUUGUCUGGAUCUGCCUCCCUGUGAAAGGCAGCAGCCUUCUCUCCACACACCAGACUGCCCACCCUCUGGGCUCUGGCAUGUACUUUCCCUGAAAAGCCAUUCUGACGCCGCAUCAUUGGGACCAGUUUGCCCAGACAUGAGUGUGUUUGCACGCAAGACUAGUUCGGGCUGGUCAGGGGUCUGUAAGCAAGUUUUUAAAAAUGCCUUAUCGAUUCUUUUUGAUAACCUUUAUAAUCAGUAUUGUUACUUUCUCUGUAGUUUGCAAGAGGCCUUCGAUCUGUAAUAAAACAUUUAUUUGGUACUUAGUA